UGAAUCUUUCGUUAGAUCGGUGCAUAUCUAUUAUCAAGGCUGAGCAUCUCUCCUACGUGCACGCAUCGAUUUACAUUUUUAAAUUGCUUAACGCGCGCGCUUAAAAUCAAUCGCGGUGAAACCAGGUAGGAAUCAGUCGCGCGUGAACCGCGCACACGAACGUUCAUCGUUGUCUUCCCGACCGAGCCGAACUCCAUCCCGCGAAGAAAUGAGCGAGUAUUCCUCGUACUUUUACGAGAGGAGGUGUUACAUAUGCGAACGAAGCGCUUCUUAUCCGAAGAAUCGCCAUGUCCCGAAAAAAUCGACGCACAGAGUGAGAUUCGCCGAGCCGAGCAAAAUGUUGAAAUCAGCCUCGCCGCAAUAUCCCAACAGAGGAUCCGAUGCCCGGGUCAUCCGUUUGACCACGGAUCAAGAAGCUGUCCUCCAGGAACAGUUCAAUAGAUGGCCGAGGGCACCUCAUACAGCGGAUAUCGUCCUAUUGGCGGCCGAGACAGGACUUUCUGAAGCCGAUGUCGAGGCCUGGUACUCUAUCCGAUUAGCACAGUGGAGGAAGGAACAGGGCCUGGGAGGAAAUCUUGGUUUGCAUUAACCCUUGACCCUUUUCUCGAAUGUUAUCGAAUGUAACUGUGUACCUGAAAAUGUAAUACGUGUACAGGAUUGAACCUGAUAACGAUCAAUUUCUUAAUCUCGAUCUCUCAUUGCUUCUAGUUUAGCGAUUAUAUACUCGUGUAUUUUAUUAAUUAAUGUAUACGCGAUUUAUUUAUAUUGUCAAUGUGUAGAUGAUUGUUAGAAUGAUUAAAAAGCGAUGGUACCAAAAAUUUUUCACUUUAAGAAGUAAUCGCGGGUAGGAAAAGAUGUAACAAGGAAAUUAAUUAACGUAGGUGUUUUCCGAUUCUGAUUUUAUCAUUAUUUAUCUCGACACUAAAGUAGAAGGAUAUUAAAGCGCUCGAGUAAAAAUCUUUUUCCAAGUGUGUCCCGACAUUUUUUUUUUUUUUUU